AUGUCGCGGGUCGUCUUUGUCGGCCGGCACCGGUGGAUUUUCGUAUGCGCGAUUCAACACAUGCUACUUGCCUCGCUGGUCGGGUCCGAGGGAAACACGGUGCGCUACCAGACCAACGAGGAGGACGGACCAGGUACGGUCAUCGGCAACCUCGCCAAGGACUUGUCCUUGAGCCUGUCCCAUUACUCCAAGACCAAUUUCAGGAUGAUGAAACAGUUCAACGACUCGUUCGUCGGGGUGAGAGAGAGCGACGGGGAGCUGACGGUCGGGGAGCGGAUCGACCGGGAGCGGGUCUGCAGGCACACUUCGCAGUGCCUCGUCAGUUUCGACGUGGUGCAUUUCGCCAAAGACCGCUACAGACUGAUCCACGUCGAGGUGGAGAUCAGAGACAUCAACGACAACUCUCCGGAGUUUCCCAGCGAGGAGUGCGUGGUGGAGAUCUCGGAGAACGCGGCGGCGGGGUCCCGCAUCCCCCUGGACCCGGCGGCGGACGCCGACGUCGGGUCCAACUACAUCCAAAGCUAUCAGAUCUCGGUCAACAGUCACUUUUCCAUUGACGUCCUCCUGAGAGCGGAUGGGGUUAAAUAUGCGGAGCUGGUGCUGAUGAAGGAGCUGGACAGGGAGACUCAGUCGUCGUACGCGGUGGAGCUGGUUGCCACGGACGGGGGCGACCCGCAUCGCUCGGGGUCAACCAAGAUGCUCAUCAAAGUGACAGAUUUCAACGACAACAGCCCCGUGUUCGACCAGAACAGCUUCUCCGUCUCUCUGCCCGAGGACUCCCCGGUCGGCACGGUCAUACUGGACUUGCACGCGACCGACGCUGACGAGGGUCCGAACGGGGAGGUCGUCUACGGGUUCGGCAAACAGGUCUCCGGCGAGAUCAAGGAACUUUUCGGGGUGGAGGGUAAAUCGGGUCGCCUCGUGCUCCGCAGCCCCGUGGACUACGAGGACAAAACCACCUACGAGCUAGACGUGCAGGCGACCGACCUGGGACCCAACCCGACCCCCGCCGUCUGCAAAAUCAUCAUUCACGUCAAAGACGUCAACGACAACGUCCCGGAAAUCAGCAUCACCCCCAUGGCCUCCACGGCGACGGGCGUCGCGCACAUAAGCGAGGCCGCGGACAGGGAGAGCCUGGUGGCGCUGAUCAGCACCCUGGACAGGGACUCGGGGGCCAACGGCCAGGUGCACUGCACGCUGCACGGCCACGACCACUUCAAGCUGCAGCAGGCGUACGAGGACAGCUACAUGAUCGUGACGGCCGCGGCCCUGGACAGGGAGCGAAUCGGCGAGUACAACCUGACGGUGGUGGCGGAGGACUUCGGCUCGCCCCCCCUGAGGAGGAUCACGCCGUACACGAUCCGCCUGAGCGACGAGAACGACAACGCGCCCCGCUUCAGCAAGCCCGUGUACGAAGUGUCCGUGGUGGAGAACAACGCGCCGGGCGCCUACAUCGCCACCGUCGAGGCCAGAGACGCGGACCUGGGCAGCAACGGCAAGGUCACCUACAGGCUGGUGGACGGCGUCGUCAUGGGGUCGCCCGUCAACACGUUCGUCUCGCUCAAUUCGGUGUCGGGCUCCAUAUACGCGUUGAGGAGCUUCAACUACGAGGUCGUGAAGCGGCUCGACGUGCACGUGCAGGCCAGCGACGGGGGCUCGCCCCAGCUGCGGGGCAGCUCGGUCGUCAGACUACACAUAGUGGAUCAGAACGACAACCCGCCCUCCAUCACGGAGCCGGUCCUCUACAAGGGAUCCGCGGAGGUUCUCCUGCCCCGGCACGCACCCGCGGGUUAUUUGGUGACCCACAUCAAGGCCGCGGACGCCGACGAAGGCGCAAACGCGCAGCUGUCCUACCGGAUCACCGAGGGGGGCCACCUGGGCUUCUCGGUCAACAAAGCCACGGGCAAGGUGCACGCCAGCCGUCAGCUGGCUUACGAUCUGACAGACGCCGUCAGCAUCACCGUGGCGGUCAGCGACGGCGGGACGCCCGCCCUGACCUCCACCGCCACGGUGCGCUUCAGCUUCAUGGAGGGCACCCUGGCCAGCGCGCCCUCCGCGGCUCAGAGUGACGGCGAGGAGCUGCUGGAAUGGGACAUGUCCAUAGCCAUCAUCGCCGUCCUGGCCGGGAGCUGCUCUCUCCUCCUCCUGGCCAUCGUCCUCAUCACCACCACGUGCAGCCGCCGAAAGAGAGAGAAGAGGCAGGGGGGCGGGUAUGACGGAAAGGAGGACGUGCCAAGCGCCGAGCAGGGGGAGAGCGGUCGUAUCGACUCGCUGAUUACCAACCACAGAGGGAAAGUGUUUGACGUCCAUCCGUUUCCGGAGAAGCCCCCGUUGGCCAGCGGCAAGGCGGUGGAGACGGGCUGCGAGGGCGGCGGGGAAACAGCCGGCGUCUUCGAGCCCACCAGCACGGUGAUGGAGGGCAAACUGAAGGGCUACUCUACACUGCCGGGCUAUGGGAAGGAGACCAUCCGGCCUGUCACCAUAUGGAAGGGUAACUCGUUCACGACCAUCUCGGCGAGAGACCCGCAGAUCAGCGGGAAGGACAGCGGGAAGGGGGACAGCGACUUCAACGACAGCGACUCGGACAUAAGCGGAGACGUGCACAAGAAGGACUCUCCGCCGAACAACAGUCUUUGGGCGUGCACAAGUGAAUGCAAGGUCUUGGGCCACUCUGACCGAUGCUGGAGCCCGACGGCCAGCAGGCCCCACACGAGCCUGGCCAGCGGACCACAUCUGUCCACUUUCUCCAAGACGGCGUCGCUCCCACGAGACACCAGGAGGGAAAACUACUACCCAGCCCACAUACCCAAAACCAACGGUUUGCAAAGUGUCUACGAAAAAGUCCAGCACCAGGAAUUUGAUUACAUACUUGUUGGUCCACCGACACCAGCCAGAAUACAGGAAACAGACGAGAUAUCAAUUCCCGAGUAUUCACACCCCUAA